CAAAACAGCUCGGAAACUGAAAGCGUAGCUGAAGUGCGGAAGCCUCGGAUUUCCCGAGUCCUCUUCCUCCUUCCUUUGCUGCCUCCUGCCCUCGGUCCUCCCCCUUCCUCUGUGGUUCAGACAGGACGACCCCAACUCCCAGCUUUCCUGGCCUCCGCGGGUUCGGAGACUGGGACCCCCGGGCCGGGAGUGCGGGGGGGCGCGGUCGGCCAGUCCCUGCUUCCUUCAGGGAGCGGCAAAGCUCCUCCUCGUCUGCACUGCACUUUUCAUACCCUCAGCAUCGCGUCCACGAGGGCGCCCAUCCUGCCUCAACACCGUAACCUCCAAGAGCCGGGCUGAGGGACGCACGAAAGGGAGGAAUCCCGAAGCCAGCCGCUAAGCCUCCAGGCGGAGCCCGCCCCUCCGGCCUAUUCCUGCCUCCCAUUGGUCCCCGCCCCGCUCCGUCUCCGCCGUGGGCUGCACCCGCCCAGCCCCGCACCCGGCCGGCUCAGCGCGCCCUACCCUCACCCGGCCGCUCUGCAGGCUGCCUCCGCUUGUGGGGCGGCCCGUGCGAGCCUGAGCUGGCGCCGGCUCCGGAAGGCUCGCAGAAGGGGAGGGCCGGGCGGCGCGGGAGCUGAGCAUCGCCAGAGCGGGCUGUAGGGCGCGGCCUCUCCGCCAGCAGCACCACCUGUCGCGGCGCGAGACCUCUGGUGAAAGAAAAGAUGUUGUCCCGGUUAAAAGCAGUUUCCACCACUUGUACUGUGGCAUGUCGACAUUUGCACAUAAAAGAAAAAGGCAAGCCACUUAUGCUGAAUCCAAGAACAAACAAGGUUAGUAACAUUAAUACCAGUGUACGUUUUCUCUCUUCCUGGCUGGAGGAAGCCACAAAGUUAGGAAGUCAAACAUUAUUUACUGUGCUUAAUUUCAGAUAUAUCUACAUAAUGGGAAUACAAGAAAGAAAUGAGAAAUUGUUUUAUAGAAUACUGCAAGAUGACAUUGAGAGUUUAAUGCCAAUUGUAUAUACACCAACAGUUGGUCUUGCCUGCUCCCAGUAUGGACACAUCUUUAGAAGACCUAAGGGAUUAUUUAUUUCGAUCUCAGACAGAGGUCAUGUUAGAUCAAUUGUGGAUAACUGGCCAGAAAAUCAUGUUAAGGCUGUUGUAGUGACUGAUGGAGAGAGAAUUCUGGGUCUUGGAGAUCUGGGUGUCUAUGGAAUGGGAAUUCCAGUAGGAAAACUUUGCUUGUAUACAGCUUGUGCAGGAAUACGGCCUGAUAGAUGCCUGCCAGUGUGUAUUGAUGUGGGAACGGAUAACAUCGCACUCUUAAAAGACCCAUUUUACAUGGGCUUGUACCAGAAAAGAGAUCGCACACAACAGUAUGAUGACCUGAUUGAUGAGUUUAUGAAAGCUAUUACUGACAGAUACGGCCGGAACACACUCAUUCAGUUUGAAGACUUUGGAAAUCAUAAUGCAUUCAGGUUCUUGAGAAAAUACCGAGAAAAAUAUUGUACUUUCAAUGAUGAUAUUCAAGGGACAGCUGCAGUAGCUCUUGCAGGCCUUCUUGCAGCACAAAAAGUUAUUAGUAAACCAAUCUCCGAACAUAAAAUCUUAUUCCUUGGAGCAGGAGAGGCUGCUCUUGGAAUUGCAAAUCUUAUAGUUAUGUCUAUGGUAGAAAAUGGCCUGUCAGAAGAAGAGGCACAAAAGAAAAUCUGGAUGUUUGACAAGUAUGGUUUAUUAGUUAAGGGACGGAAAGCAAAAAUAGAUACUUAUCAGGAGCCAUUUACUCACCCAGGCCCAGACAGCAUACCUGAGACUUUUGAAGAUGCAGUUAAUAUACUGAAGCCUUCAACUAUAAUCGGAGUUGCAGGUGCUGGCCGUCUUUUCACUUCUGAUGUAAUCAGAGCCAUGGCCUCUAUCAAUGAAAGGCCUGUAAUAUUUGCAUUAAGUAAUCCUACAGCACAGGCAGAGUGCACGGCCGAAGAAGCAUAUACACUUACAGAGGGCAGGUGUUUGUUUGCCAGUGGCAGUCCAUUUGGGCCAGUGAAACUCACAGAUGGACGAGUCUUUACACCAGGUCAAGGAAACAAUGUAUACAUUUUUCCAGGUGUGGCUUUAGCUGUUAUUCUCUGUAACACCCGGCAUAUUAGUGACAGUGUUUUCCUAGAAGCUGCAAAGGCACUAACAAGCCAGUUGACGGAUGAAGAGCUAGCCCAAGGGAGACUUUACCCACCGCUUUCUAAUAUUCAGGAAGUUUCUAUUAACAUUGCUAUUAAAGUUACAGAAUACCUGUAUGCUAAUAAAAUGGCUUUCCGAUAUCCAGAACCUGAAGACAAGGCCAAAUAUGUGAAAGAAAGAAUAUGGCGGAGUGAAUAUGAUUCCCUGCUGCCAGAUGUGUAUGAAUGGCCAGAAUCUGCAUCAAGCCCCCCUGUGAUAACAGAAUAGAAGCACUCCCCUGAUAAAUACUUUCUGUGCUCCAGAGAACCCCUUUUUUCAGACAAGAAGAAAUAAUGUCCUCAGUUUUAUGAUGUUUUCUGUGUUUUGUUCUCCCUGACCACUUUGGUUGAUGUAUUUUUUCCAUGCAUCUUCACAUCUGUUGGAGUAGAUGUGUUGAUGGAUUGCACUGCCCAGCAGCAUCUUACAAUCAGAUAAUCGUGAUGCUUUAAUUCUAACAUACAGCCCAUGCCACAUCCAGGAGAUGUAAAAAGUGUGUUUGUGAAUGUCUUCAUUUAUACUCUAAUUCAGAGUUGCCAAAGUAUUUGCUAUUUACUAUUAUGGGUAAUAAUCUUCUCUCACCUAGUUCUUUUAGAGCUACUAAAAUAGAAGUUUAUGGAUAGAAGGACAGAAUUUUGAGAAGAAACUAAAUUCCAAGGAAAAAUUGUCAGUAUCUAAAAAUGUUCUAUAUCUGCUUCAUCUUACCUUCAUACUCUGAAAUUCCCUUAUAGCAGACAAAGCUAGGGAUAUAUUAAAAUUUUACCCUAUUUAUUUUCUGGAACUAAAUCAAGGCUUAACUAUAACAUUAUGAGAGUAAUGGGUACUACUGCUGGCUUUUAAAUAAAUAAAAGUCAUUGUUUCAACAGUAUAUAAAAAUCAUAGUGUAACCUUUUUAUUUAAUAAAUAUCUUCAAUUUAA